CAACAAACCAUUCCAAAAUACAAACAUUUCAUCAAACUCACCAAGAAAGCUAAAGAAAAGUUCUCCUUUCUCUUCCUCAUAUAAUCUCAAAAGAUGACAAUGAUCAUGAUGAUCUCUCUAUAAAGUAUAUCUCUCAUAUAUGCCAUCUUUUCUUUUACAUGGAGAAGAAGAUUAAAGAGGAUCAUCAUCAAGAACAACAAAAGGAAGAGCUCAACAGUACCAAGAAUAUGGAGACAACAAUAUCAUCAUCAACACACAUGAUGAAUCUUGGUACAAUAUCAGAUCAUCAUCAUCAGAUAGAGGUAGCUGGGAGCAACAUGAAUCUCUCAAGCAUCUUUGAUACUCCAAUAUCUUCACCUUUUCCUUAUUCUUAUUUCGAAGACCACUCCUCUAAUAACCCCAACUCUUUCCUUGACUUGCUCCGACAAGACCAACAUCAAUUUGCUUCCUCCUCUAACUCAUCCUCUUUUUCAUUCGAUGCAUUUCCUCUCCAAAACAAUAACAACAACACAAACCUCUUUUUUACGGAUCUACCCUUGUCUCAACCUUCAACAACAAAGGCUGAGUCCUCAGAAGUUGUGAGCACAACACCGACAUCUCCAAACUCAACGUCAUUCUCUUCCUCAUCCAACGAAGCUGCUAAUGAUACUACAAAUAAAGAGGUUAUUGUUAAAGACCAAGAAGAUGUAGAUCAACAGGAGCAAAAGAGUACUAAGCCACAAUUGAAGGCUAAGACGAAGCAACAAAAGAAGGCAAGAGAGGCUAGGUUUGCGUUUCUGACGAAGAGUGAUAUUGAUAAUCUUGAUGAUGGUUAUAGGUGGAGAAAGUACGGCCAGAAAGCUGUCAAAAACAGUCCUUAUCCCAGAAGCUAUUACCGUUGCACCACGGUGGGUUGUGGAGUGAAGAAGAGAGUGGAGAGAUCCUCAGAUGAUCCUUCCAUCGUCAUGACAACCUACGAAGAUCAACACACUCACCCUUUCCCCAUGACGCCACGUGGACACAUUGGAAUGCUCACGUCACCAAACCUCGAACAUGGUGCGACCACCGCGUCAUCAUCAUCAUUCUCUAUCCCUCGGCCACGUUACUUGCUGUCUCAGCAUCAUCAACCUUACAACAUGUACAACAACUCUCUAAGCAUGGUCAAUAGAAGCUCUUCUGAUGGCACUUUCGUAAAUCUAGGGCCAUCAUCAUUUUCUAGAUUUGGUUAUGAUAUGUCACAAGCUUCUACGUCAACUACGUCUACCAUUAGGGAUCAUGGAUUACUUCAAGAUAUUCUUCCUUCGCAGAUAAGAUCCGAUACUAUUAACACCCGAACCAAUGAACAGGAUACGCAAUGAAUUUUUUUACCCCCAGGGUACUUUUUUUCUGGCCGGGACCGGUUGAUUUAUGAGGAGUUUUGAUCGGUUUAGAUAAUUAAACCGAUAUUGCUAGCUGGUUUUCUGAUGUACAUUUUCAUCAAUAGCUACAUCGUUUUUUUUCCCAGAAUCAGGAUUAAACAAAUAAACGAUGCUACUAGGGACAGAGGUUUGUAGCAUAUGUGAUAUAAAUGUAACUUCAUUUUUUUGGUUGAGUAUUAAUAAAAAUGUUUCAUUUUCUUCGGA